GUUUUGCCUCGAACGGGUAUAGCGCGGCCCAUCUCUGCUCGCCUAGCUAACGUCACUCCAGGGCUCAACGGAUGCAUUCUAGCAGACGCCUAUAAAACUCAUCUUUGAACCUGUUCUACCCGGCUGAUGCCUUCGCAUCGCAUCGCAACUCUUCUCCGUCCUCGUCGAUUUGGCGCGCGUUCACACACCUGCAUGUGACCUGCCCAGGUGGCUUCCAAGCUCUUUCACUCCGCGGGACCGGUCUGCGCCUUCCUUCUCUUUCACUUCGCCACCUGCCAAACCCAAGUAUUUCUUUACACACCAGGUCGCCCCUUCCUGUGUUCCCGUCUUGCCAGUGGCAACGGCAGCGGCCUUUAGCACUCCCCUUCUCCGCAGAUCGUCCAUCGAUUCUCCACCACCUGCCGUUCUCCCACCCACCUCACAACCCAGCCCUGCAAUGGCACCGCAGACCUCGAUCCCACCCGCCGCGAAUGUGCUCGGCACCAUUGGCACCUUCUGCUGGUGCGUCCAGCUCCUUCCGCAAAUCUUCCGCAACUACCGCACGAAGAGCACCGAGGGGCUCCCGGCUUUCAUGAUGAUGCUGUGGAGCACGAGCGCCGUCCCCUUCGGCAUCUAUGCGAUUGUGCAGCGCUUCAAUGUACCCUUGAUUGUGCAGCCGCAGUGCUUCGGUGCCUUCUGUGGUGUGAGCUGGGCGCAGUGUAUGGUAUACGGGAGGAAAUGGCGUCCCAUCACCGCGACCCUCACCCUCGCAACCCUCUUGAUCAUCUUCGCUGCUCUCCAAGCCGGUCUCGUCUUCGCCAUCCGACCGCCCUACCAACGUGGCGUCGAGUGGCCCGUUCUCCUCGUUGGCAUCCUGGCCUUCAUCCUGCUCAUUGCCGCCUAUCUCCCAAUUCCGUUUGAGUUAAUGAAGCGGCGCGGGCGCGUCGUCGGCAUCGACUUUAUCUUCUUGGGGAUUGACGGGGCCGGUGCCUUCUUUAGCUUGAUGAGUCUGGUCGCGCAGAACGAAUUUGACGUGUUGUUCGGGACCAUGUAUGCGCUUUGUUGUGCCAUCGAAAUGAGCAUGGUAGCCUCGCACCUCAUUUGGCUACUACGUACACGCGGCAUCCGAAAGCGAGCGCAGGAGUCAGGCCAGGCGUUCGAUGAGUCUGAAGAGUGCAUGGCUUGGCAGGCGAAGGGCAUCGAUUUGAAACAGGGCUUCUGGGACCUACUCGCGAGAGGCAAGAAUGGAAAGCAAGGUAGUGAGAGCGAGGGAUCGGUUGCGCUGGAAGAGCUGGAAAGUGGGGCAAAGAUUGCGGUGCCCAACGCCUCGGUUGAGUGCUUCUCGUCGACGUCAACGCUGGUGAAGAAGUCCGCAUGCUAGAGGGAGAUGUGCAGGGAGAAAAGACGCGAUUGCCAACUUAGACGGUAGGACGCUGUAGAUGGAGGCGACUCUAGACAGCUGGACUCGAUAGAUAUAAUGGGCUGAGCAUAGAAUCGUCCAUCAGGCG